ACAACCCGGAAAAACUUGUCCUUUAUCCUCUUCUUCAUUUAUUGUUCCAUUCAAGCAUAUAUCUCUCUUUUCCCAUUCGCGUCCAAGCUGCUCAAAGCAACAGCUUCCAGCUUACACAUAUCCACACUGCCGCCAGUCUAGAUCCGCCACCCCCGGUUUCGCCGAGGCUAUUGUCAGCCGGGGCCCCUCUAUAAUUCGUCUACUGGUCGCAGCAUCAUGUCAUAAAGCUUCAUCUAUACAACCAAACUACAUCUCCUUCAUUCUCUUGUAGUGCCUCGCAUCCUCUUUCAACCUUCGCUGCUUGAAAAGGAGACCAUCCACCGCCUCACACAAUCCAGCAACCAUGGAGGACGCUUCCUGCAGCGGCUCUACGCCCUUCAAGCGCCUCGUCGACCACCAAUCUCGGGACCUGAGCCACCAUCAAGACAGACAUGUGAGCCGAGGGGCGUUUGGCCAGAACUCACAGACGUUCCGCUCUUCACCGCUGCAUCCUGCCCAGGGCCAGCAGAAUGACUUUGGCACCUUCAUGGGCGGCGCCUCGGCCUUGCCCGGCUUCGAGAGCGAUCCCGCCACCAGACUGACGCCGUCUCUGCCCUUUGCACAAGUCGCGCCAGCACACACAGCAACUCCUCCCAGCUUCUCGAGUCCCAUGCAGACGACAGCGCCCAUGUCCAGCGGGAGCAGCUGGGCCGCCGACUUCAACCGCUUCACGUCGCAACAGCGGCCGACUGCGCCCACGACUCUGGCGGCAUCCCGCCAAAUGAACCACUCUCCAGCCCAGACGGCUUUCCAACCGACCUUUUCACAGCCGAAUUUUGCGUCCGCAUUCGCGCCAUCCAUGUUCAACCCUCCAGCGAGCGCCGUCAAGGAGCCCGAGUUCGACCAGGAAAUGUCCCGCUGGAUGUCAGCGCACGGAGGCGGCAACAUGACGGAGGUGGACGCUGCCAUGGAGCAAAUGGCCCUCGAGUUGGAAGAGACCGAAGCAAUAGCCGCGGCAGUCAAGGCCUCUCGGCUAACGGAUCUUGAAACCACCGAAAUUGGCAACCUGGCACUCAACGACGACGCGAGAGUGCUAGAAGCCCAGCCAGAGCCCAUCUUGGAGCAAAUCCAAGAGCCAGAGCCAGAAAAAGAACAGGUGGACAUUCUGCACCCCAAGUCUGCCGUCGCCGAAGCUGCCGAGAAGCUGCUCGACUGCGUCAAGCACGAGAGCGGCGAGAAGUGGCAAAACUCCAUAUUCCUGUCGCUGAUGCGAGAUUUCCGUGACGGAAGAAAGGAUAUUGUGGGCGAUGAGAUUCGCUCCACGACGGGGGAGACGACCCCCGCUGCUCAGCCCGUGGCUACUUGACUCAGGCCUCGUGGAGAUCCUGGCAGUGACUCGAUGUACGCGGAUUCUGAAAGAAUGUUUAGAUCGUGUGUUAGACAUCUCAGCUACACUACAUUUUGAAUGAUUGCUUUUUAGUGGGUUUUAGGGAAAACAAACUUGUCUAGCUAUUUGGGAGGAAGAACAUGCAUGGGCGCUACAAGGGAAAUAUACUUGGAUGGAUUGGGAGCUGGCGUUUUUAUUUAAUUUUAUUCUUUUUUUUUUCAU